GAUUUCUUCUUGCUGCUGCCGUCGGAGGCCAGGAACAAAAUCGGGGAUGAUGGGACAUUGCUGCUCUCUUGACCACCACGCAGGCCCUACCUGACAAGGAUGAGCGCCUUCACACGCUUUCGCGACAAGCUGAGGGUCGAGGGCUCUGCGGCAGACGGCGCAUCGCACGCGGCCGCCUUCCUCACGAACCGUGACCUGAAUCCAGUUGAGCCGAGUCGAAGGACAUGGACAGCAAAGUCGUUUGCCUUCUUUUGGAUCAGCGAUGGUGUCAAUCUGUCGACGGCAGUCAUUGUUAGCUCUUAUGUCCUCGAUGGCCUGGCCUGGUGGCAGGUCUGGCUCGCUGUGUGGGUGGGUUACAUCCUUACUACAUUUGUCGUCAUCUGCUCCGGUCGCAUCGGUGCCGUCUACCACAUCGGCUUUCCAGUCGUGAUGCGAGCAAGCUUUGGUAUUUGGGGCAGCAUCUGGCCAAUUAUCAAUCGUGUGGCAACAGCGACACUCUGGACCUCGUACCAGUCUUACCUCGGCGGAAAGUGUAUCGAGCUCCUCCUUCGCAGUCUCGCUCCGCAGUUCAAUAACCUGCCCAACCACCUGCCAGCGUCUUCGGGAACGACGACCAAAGACUUCCUCUGCUUCUUCCUCUUCUGGCUCGCCAUGAUCCCUGCCGCUGCCACAAGGCCAGAGAACAUUCGCCACCUCUUCACCGUGAAGGCGAUCAUCGUGCCUGCAGCUUACGUCGCAUUCUUCGCCUGGUCGAUUCACGAUGCAAACGGGCUGGGUCCCAUCGUCCAUCAGCCGGCUACGCUCCAUGGCUCAGUUCUCGGCUGGACUUGGGUUUCGGCCGUGAUGGGCCAGCUGUCCAACUUUGUCACCUUGAUGCUCAACAUGCCUGACUUUUCCCGCCUCGCUCGCCACCCAAGAGACACAUUUUGGUCCCAACUCCUCGCGAUCCCACUCACUUUCGCCAUCACGUCCUUCAUCGGCCUCGUCAUUGCCUCUUCCUCGACCGUCAUCUUUGGGAAAGCGGUCCUGAAUCCACUCGACCUCCUGUCGUUACGCCUGGAUCGCGCGCCGUACGAUGCAGGCACACGCGCCGGCGUUUUUUUCAUCUCGACGUCGUUUGCCCUCGGCCAGAUCGGCACCAACAUUGCUGCAAACGUCCUCAGCGCAGGGUCUGACUUGACAGCCCUGCUCCCGCGCUAUAUGACCAUCCGGCGAGGCGGCCUCUUGAGCGUCGCAAUUGCCCUGUGCAUCUGUCCCUGGAAGUUUGCAGGCGAGAACUCGAGCUUCUCGACGUACCUGUCUGCCUACAGCGUCCUUCUCGCGCCGUUCAUCGGUGUUCAGCUCUGCGACUACUACAUCAUCCGCCGUGGCUUCUUCAGUGUCCCCUCGCUCUACACGCUUUCUUCCGACGGAGACUAUCGAUAUUGGAAGGGCGUGCACUGGCGGGCCUACGCCGCCUAUUUGGGAGGCCUCGCCAUCAAUAUCACCGGCUUCGCAGGUGCCGUCGGCGCAAACGUCAGCACCGCCGCGCAGAGAAUCUACACGCUCGCUCCGCUGACGGGCUCCAUUGUCGCUGCGCUCGUCUACUUCGCCUGCUGCUACAUCCGACCGCGGCCAGUGGGCUUCGUCGAUGUGGGCAACAAGGUGUGGCGCGAGCCAAAGGAAGGAUACGAGGCGCCAGACUGGAGCAGGCCGACGGCUGGCGAGACAUCGGCUGGUGCGUCACAAGACGGCCAGCUCAAGUCGUCAUCGGGAGAAGGAGACGACUUCGAAAAGACAACGACGGGCCAGGACAAGAUGUCGGUAGAGGCCGUAGCGUAUUGAUUCGAGGACCUAGCUCUCUUUUACUACUUCACCACUGUAUCAUUC